ACUUUCUUGAGUGUACGUACGACGAUUACAAGCAGAUCAUCAUGACUGGCCGCGGUAAGGGAGGAAAAGGAUUGGGAAAAGGAGGAGCAAAGAGACAUCGUAAAGUACUCCGUGAUAACAUCCAGGGGAUUACCAAACCAGCCAUCCGCCGUCUGGCACGUCGUGGCGGAGUCAAGCGUAUUUCCGGAUUGAUUUAUGAAGAAACACGUGGUGUACUGAAGGUGUUCUUAGAAAACGUUAUUCGUGACGCGGUUACCUACACCGAGCAUGCAAAAAGAAAGACUGUGACUGCCAUGGACGUCGUCUACGCCCUGAAACGUCAAGGAAGAACCUUGUACGGCUUCGGCGGUUAAACGUAAACAGUUUUUACUUGUAUACAAUCGGCCCUUUUCAGGGCCACCAAAAAUUUCAAACGUUGUAUUUCUUGUUGCAGCAAUUUUUCAGACUUAAGAUUUAGAAUUAAGAUAAGUAUUAAUGUUCAGGAAGGCUAACUUUAUAUUCGUAUGCUUUAUUUUCGAAUUUUAUAGUAUGUUACAUUUAUCUUUCAUAUUCGUCAAACAUUAAGCUAAAUAAAAAGAAAACAAGUCUUUUCAUUGCAUUUUACUUUCGAAUAUAUUUUUGGAUAUUUUUAUAAGCAGUGAAUCGAUUCGUUUGCAAUUUCUAUAUUGAAGGAACAUUUCUACGAAAUGACCUCCAUGUAUAUGAAAUAGAUAUCUCGAGAAUAAUGGAAAACAGUUAUAAGAUAGACUAUUUACUUCAGCACUUUAUAAUCAAAAAAGGAGACUACAAUUCAAUCUAUCGCAUUUGUUUAUCCAUCCUUUUGUUCGUAUACACAAGUCUAUACUUUAACAAAGUAAUGUAAUUACA